GUUCCGGAACCUCUAUUGUUUCUGUGGCUGCUUCAACCCAGGUUAGAAACCCAACAACGUGUAGAAGAGGAUGUGGGCAUGCUGACAUCUGCAAGCCAGAGGUUUGACUGGAAGACGACCGCAGUCAGCCUGACGAACACGGGACAGCGGCCAUCGCAACCUCCGAGACAUGUAACUAGUCCUGAAGAGCCCCAUGAAGCUCAGCCAGUCACGGUGCCUUCCUAGACUUUCUCUCAUGAGGGGGCGUUGCUCUCGAAAACUUGGUGUGCUGGCCAAGGCUGGCUUCCUGCUCUGGGUGCUAUGGCUGGGCUACCUUCUGUUAGCGCGCUCCUCAUUCCCCUCCUCUUCCUCUCCGGAGGAGGAAGCUGAGGACCACAAAGUUCUGGCGAGACAGCUCUCUGUAGAGGAGACCGAGGCGAACGGCCUGCUGGCAAGGCCCCUCUACGUGAAGCCAUCACCAGACCACAAUGCUCCAGGGGAGAUGGGUGGGGCCACACGCCUCAACCUCAGCCCUGAUGAAAAGAAACAGGAACUGGACAGUGUGGAGAGCUAUGCUAUCAAUAUCUAUAUCAGUGAUAAGAUUUCCCUCCAUCGGCACAUCCUGGACCACAGGAUGAGCGAAUGCCGAAAUAAGAAGUUUGAAUACCGGCGUUUACCCACAACCUCUGUGAUCAUCGCCUUCUACAACGAGGCCUGGUCCACCCUGCUGAGGACAGUUCACAGUGUGCUGGAGAGCACGCCUGCCAUCCUCUUGAAAGAGAUCAUCCUCAUUGACGACUACAGUGACCGAGGCUACCUGAAAUCCAAACUGGCCAACUACAUCAGUGAUCUGGAUCGCGUGCGGCUCAUCCGCACCAACAGCAGGGAGGGUCUGGUCCGGGCACGUCUCAUUGGGGCCACCUAUGCGACAGGUGACGUUCUGACGUUUCUGGAUUGCCACUGUGAGUGUGUCCCUGGUUGGAUCGAGCCUCUGCUGGAAAGGAUUGGUGAGAAUGCCACUACCAUUGUGUGCCCUGUGAUCGACACCAUUGACUGGAACACCUUUGAGUUUUACAUGCAAACAGAUGAGCCGAUGAUCGGAGGGUUUGACUGGAGACUCACCUUUCAGUGGCACCCGGUCCCCGAAACGGAACGCAAGAGGCGCAAGUCUCGCAUCGACCCCAUCAGGUCUCCGACAAUGGCAGGUGGUUUGUUUGCUGUGAGCAAGGCCUACUUUGAACAUCUGGGCACGUAUGACACGGGCAUGGAGGUGUGGGGAGGAGAAAACCUGGAGCUCUCCUUCAGGGUGUGGCAGUGCGGGGGCAGCCUGGAGAUUCACCCCUGCUCUCAUGUGGGCCAUGUGUUCCCCAAAAAGGCCCCUUAUGCACGGCCCAACUUCCUCCAGAAUACCGUACGAGCUGCAGAGGUUUGGAUGGACUCUUAUAAACAGCACUUCUACAACAGGAAUCCCCCAGCCAAAAGGGAGACCUAUGGGGAUAUCUCAGAGCGGCUGCUGCUGAGAGAGAGGCUGCAAUGCAACAGCUUUGACUGGUAUCUGAAGAAUAUCUACCCGGAACUGCAUGUUCCUGAGGACAGAACGGGCUGGCAUGGGGCUGUGCGAAGCUCAGGAAUAAACUCUGAGUGUCUGGACUACAACUCCCCAGAGCACAAUCCCACAGGUGCCCACCUUUCUCUGUUUGGCUGCCACGGCCAGGGAGGCAACCAGUACUUUGAGUACACAACUCAAAGGGACAUCCGCUUCAACUCGGUGACAGAGCUUUGUGCUGAAGUAACUGAGGGACAGACCUCCAUCAAUAUGAGGAACUGCCCAAGGGACGGGGAGCUCAUACCUCCCAGUAUCACCUGGAACUUCAGAACGGACGGCACCAUCUACCACCCUCACUCAGACAUGUGUGUGACAGCCUACCGCACGCCAGAGGGCCGCACAGACACCCAGAUGAGGCGGUGCACCCCAGGAGACAAAAACCAGCAGUGGAAGUUUGAGUGGUAGGAGGAGGACGUAAGAAAGUAGCAGGGAACCUCAAGUGACCUUCGUUUACCAUAGUGCAAUUACUACAGGGGUUGUCUUCCAGCGGGAAUGGCGAGCAAAGGAAAGGUGGUGAAAGUCACUUUAAGCCAAUGAAUCGCCCAAUUCAGAGCUUUUGUACCCGUUUGAAUGACUGAAUAAGUGCAGAUCGUGGAAGAAUGAAUGAGAAUUGCAAGGCGAGGUAUAUUUGGUCUUCUUAAGGAGACUGAACUAGAGACUUUCACUUUUGUGUUACUUCAUCCAAGUGCCUCUGCAACCAAAAUGGAGUCAAGGGCACAUCUUAAGUGUCAUUAUUGUCUCUAACGCAACAACGUGAAAGCAGUGAGACUGAUUUGACUGUCCAGCACAAGAAGUGCCUUUCAAGGAGAUUGAAGCAUUUUUCGAGAAAACGACACGCAAAAUCCCGCUGUACUACCGUUGCCUUGAUGUGCAAUUAAGAUGAAUUAUUACUGUUAAAUAAUCAUGUUUGUGAAGUGAAGUGAAAAAGAACCCGUUUUUAAAGAAAGCGUGCCAGGAAUGUACGGUCAGCUGCAAUUUGCCUCAAACCAGCUACUUCCUAACGUGCUGCAUCAUGUGAGUGGGAAGAGAGCGCUGCGGUCGUAUUAGACUGCUCAUCAAUUCUAUCUCGUGUCUGUGGAGCCAGUUUCAUGGCCGAAUGCUGCCCCAACAAGACUUGAAGCAUUCAUUACAGCAUUGUACUAAGUGCAAUUUGGCCCAUCGGGCUUAGUGAUUGACAGGAAUGUUUUAAUCUAUUCUU